CAGAUAUCAUUUGAAUUUUUCUGCCAAUAGAACAAAAUAUAACUCCAACUCAUUAAUUGAUAAAGGAUUUAGAAGAACCAUAGACUGGAGAAACAGCUGUCGGUUUUCUGGCCGCUGGCGAAAGGUGAACAGAGUUCAUUAGGGUCGGCGCUGUUACGCCACCAACACUAAAGUGCCUGUGUGCGUGAGAGAUCUGAAGACGCUGCGUUGCCAAAAAAGCAAAACGAGAAAGAAACGGAAAGCGGGAAGCUGUACACACACCGCUCGGCAUAAUCAAUUAAAAUGUCUGCGAAUAGGAACCUGCCCCUCCUCCCUCUGGUCCUAUGCGUUGUGGCCUUUAUUGCCGCUGUGGGACCGAUGCCUGCCUUCGGAGCAGUGGCCACUCACAAGCACGAGAAGCAUCUGAGCAAGGAGCGGGUGAAGGACGGUAUCUACGCUCCUCGGGAUGCCCAUCAUCACGGCGAGGAUGGAGAGCACAACGUGGAGUUUGAUCAUGAGGCCAUCAUCGGAAACACUAAGGAGGCCCAAGAAUUCGACACACUUACACCGGAGGAGUCGAAGAGGCGGCUCCUGAUUCUCAUCAAGAUGAUGGAUCUGAACAAGGACGAGUUUAUUGAUCGGCACGAGUUGAAAGCUUGGAUAUUAAGGUCCUUUAAAAAACUAUCCGAGGAAGAGGCUGCUGAUCGUUUCGAAGAAAUCGACCAAGAUGGGGACGAGAAGGUUACAUGGAAGGAGUAUCUGCAGGACACCUAUGCAAUGGAGGACGAGGACUUCAAAAAGGAGACCAUCGACUUUGAAAGCUACGAAGAUGAACAGAAAAUGAUCAAGCAGGACAAGGAAAUGUUUAAGGCAGCCGACACAAACAACGACGGUGUACUAUCCCUAGAGGAGUUUAAUGCUUUUAACAAUCCCGAAGACCAUCCGGCAAUGUUGCCCAUCAUGUUGGAACAUACAAUGCAGGACAAAGAUCAGGACCACGAUGGAAAAAUCAAUUUCAAAGAGUUCGUGGGCGAUGCGGCUGCGCAUCAUGACAAGGAGUGGCUAAUUACCGAAAAGGAGCGGUUCGACAAAGAUCACGAUGUGAACGGAGACGGUGUCCUCACUGGUGAGGAGGUUUUGUCCUGGAUAGUGCCAAGCAACGCUGCCAUAGCCUCGGAUGAGGUUGAUCAUCUAUUUGUCUCCACCGAUGAGGAUCACGACGACAGACUUUCGUACCUAGAGAUUCUAAACAAUUACGACACCUUUGUGGGGAGCGAGGCGACCGACUAUGGAGAUCACCUCCAAAACAUCAACCAUCUAUCCGACGAGCUGUAAAAUCAGGCAUGCCGGUCUCAUGCUGUGGCGUUACUGUGCUUAGUAUUCUCUUUCAUUUAUAUACAUAGUUAGUAAAUUUAUGUUUAUUUAUGUAAAUUCAAGUGACAUUUUGUUUUGAGCGCUUCUUAAUAAUUUCAUUUCCAUGUCUUAGUUCUUGUUUUAUCCAUGUACCAAUUACAUUAUGUGUAGUUUAAAUAGACACCAAAAAAGAAUCUACAAUAAUCAUAAUAAUGUAAUAAAUCAUUUUUACUAAAUUAUUUCGGGUGUUAGUA